CUACACUGUUCUCUUUUCUUCUCUAGGGGUUUUCAAGGACGCGCAAGAGAAUGGAUUCGUUUUCAUCACCGACUGGAUCGUCGUCUCCGUUCUCCACCGACGAUUUCAUGGACAAGUUCAAAACUCAGCUUGCUCAGGCUUACGCCCAAGAGUUCCUUGAGACUGUAACAGGCAAGUGCUUUGAGAAGUGCAUCACUAAACCAGGAUCAAGCAUGAGUGGUAGUGAGAGUAGUUGCGUUUCUAGGUGUGUGGAUCGCUACAUUGAGGCUACAGGUAUCAUUGGCAGAGCUCUGCUUAAUUCGUCACGCUAGUAUUUUUGAUGAACAAUAUUUUCUUGAAGAAUGUUUAUUGAAAAAUCUUGGAGAAAUUGCAAAUUAGAGAGUAGAAAUUGUCUGUUUUUUGAAAAUUCCAUCCAGUAUGGGGACUAAUAUUUUCUUCUCGUUCAGUCUUUAUAUAUGUACUUGAUCUUUAAUCAUGCAAACUUUGUGCAUUUGAGCAUUUCAAAUGUUAAUGCUAUAAUUAUUGAUA